UUCUUGACUACUUCUGUAGACGAAAAUCACGGGCGAGAACUAUCGAAAAUCACCUUUGCCCGGCAAAACUCAUCAAAGGCUCAACCCAGCAGUACUGAAAGCGCAAGAUGGAGAAGCCUAUCUACGAUGAUUUGAGAUUGUAUAUUACACCCGACCGGUUUUACAUCGAGCCGCAGGGAGUGGAGAACGAGUUUAUCAUCAUCGAGCGUCUUAACGGGGCCAUCUCUUUACACAAUUCAGGUAGCAACGAGCAAAUUCCUUUGCACUGCUAUGACACAAGGAACAUUUGCGGCGUGCUAGGAAUGAUCCGGUUGAUUAGCGGCAUGUACCUCGUCGUGGUCACGCAUCGCAUUUUCGUGGGUCUUAUAGAUGACAAACCGAUCUGGCAGAUGGCCGGGUUCGAUCUGAUAUCGCUGGCGCCGACGCUAACGCAUCUCAGCGAGGAGCAGAAGGAGCAAAACAGCAUUUAUCUGUCGAUGGUGCGCCAGGUGCUGGACACGCCGUUCUUCUAUUUCUCGUACAGCUAUGAUCUGACCAAUACGAUGCAACGAACGUCAGCGGCUCCAAAAGUGGGCGAAAUAGACAGCAUCAUGCACAAGAGUGAUAAACGUUUCGUCUGGAAUGUCGGGCUGUUGGAGUGCAUGGCAGGAUCGUUGGAACUGGCCCGAUACACGCUGCCAAUCAUCCAUGGCUUCGUUUCUAUCAACAAUGUGGUGAUCAAUGAUCGAGUAGUAAGCUGGAUACUGGUAUCGCGCCGCUCGGUAGAACAUGCCGGUACCCGGCUGUUUUGCCGUGGCAUUAACAGUGAAGGGCAGGUGGCCAACUACGUCGAGACGGAGCAGAUUCUGAUCACCGACGAGGACAAGGUUUCGUUCGUGCAGACGCGCGGCAGCAUCCCACUCUUCUGGCAGCAGAUGCCAAACCUCAAGUACAAACCGCGGCCGCAGCUGCUGACCGGUGGUGACCACCUGAUCGCCUGCUCGCGCCAUUUUGACGACCAGUGCCGGCGGUACGGCGCACAGGUGCUGAUCAACCUGAUCGACCACAAAGGGGCGGAGGAUGUGCUGGAGAAGGCGUUCGACGCGGCCAUCUCAACGCUCGCCAACAAAAAGCUCACCUACGUGUCGUUCGACUUCCACCAGGAGUGCAAGAAGAUGCGCUACGAUCGGCUCAGUAACCUCAUCUGGCGCAUCGCGAAGGAUCAGGAUAACUUUGGCGUGUACCAUGCCAGCCACAGUGGGCUUCUGUACUCCGUCCAGCGGGGAGUUUUCCGUACGAACUGCAUCGAUUGCCUAGACCGAACGAACGUGGUGCAGAGCAUGAUUGCACGACGUAGCCUCGAACAAACGCUGCUAAAGCUGGGCAUCCUGCGUCCCGGUGAACAUUGCAUUGAUCCAGCAUCCCACUUUGAAACCAUCUUUAAAGCGGUAUGGGCCGACAAUGCGGAUCUGAUUUCACUGCAGUACUCCGGCACCGGUGCACUGAAGACUGACUUCACGCGCACCGGGAAACGUACAUUCCGUGGCAUGAUGCGCGACGGCCUCAACUCGCUGACGCGCUACGUGAAGAACAACUUUAACGAUGGCUUCCGUCAAGACAGUAUCGAGCUGUUCCUCGGCGCAUAUCGGGUUGCCGAUGGUGAGGGCCUGACGAUCCCAUCACCGCUCAAGAACACCGACGUCAGUGCCGAUUGGCACAAGGGAGCGAUUCUGGCCAGUGUGCUGUUCGAGAUAGCGAUGUUAUUCGUGGUGCUGCUGUCGCCUGCCAAGUACGAUAUCGUCACCGGAGGAUUGCUGCUCGCUUGGUCGGUCAUGAUCGGCUUCACCGGCCGGUACAUCGUGAAGCAUCGAGACGAUUUCGUCGAUUGGCCAAAGCUGGUACCGAAGAAGAAGAAGUAGCUGGCGCGUUGAACGUGAAACCGCACGAACAAUUUGAUGCGAAUGGGUUCGUUUUUGUUUGUAGAAGAUAAUUUCGUUUUUAGAGAGAGUGCCUCUUUCUGUCGUUUAGUUUCCUUUUACUCUCUACCCUCUCUCUACGUCAUUCCGAGCGAUGCUAGCGGCUGGUGCAAAUUUGUUUUCAUUAAAUCUUUUAGCAACAACCGGUAGGGUAAUAGGGCUAAUCUUUGAAUUAGUUGUUGUAUAAAGAUUAGUUUUAGUUUUGUUUAUUGUAUGAAGCCAUUUGACACUCGACGACCGUACCAGGACAACGUUAUGGGUAAAAUCGGUUUCCUUUGGAUAACAAAUCCGUUCCAGUGAGCGAUAGUAUAUCAAUUAUAACAAAGAAGCGGGUUCAUCUGUUAUCAUUUAUGCUUUGAAACGACCUAUGCUCAUAGAAACACACAACGUUGAAACGAUCGACGGCUUUAAAUACAGCAGCAUAAAACUACCCCAUCUCAACAAAAAGGUCGAACGAGACGAAUAUAUAGUUUCCCGUUGGCGAGGAUGCUGUAAAUAAAUUCAGAUACAUUAGCAAUGCCUAGGGAAGUGUUAAGCAAAAAAUUCCAUCUUAUCUGCAUUCGAUCAAUGCUUGAUGCCAACAAACCUAUUGAUUGCACCACAAUAACACGGAAGGUUCGCCAGGCUUUAUAGUUUUGUUUCGGACCAAUUUUCGACAUUAUAGGUGCAGGACGUGAUUGUUUUACCUGACACCGUCGGAAAAGGUCCAUCUAUAGUUGGUAGCUAAAGGGAACACAAGAAGAACAUUUAACUGCAAAAGACAAUUAAAGGGAAAAUCUGGUGGAAGCAUACGAAUUCAUACAUUGUAGGGGAAGAAAGGGUCAAUCUUAAAAAGAA